UGGGACUGGGCUGCACCCGUGGGAGUGUGGCCGGCGAUGGAAGGGGCGAACCUGGCGAGGCUUAGAAGCUCGGAAGUCGGGGUCGAGAGCCUCCGGAGUCGAGUGGGGCUGAGGGUGCGCUGGGGCGGCCGCGCUGGAGCCGGUUCCGCCGAGACCGAGGCGGACAGGGUGAAGGGCUCUGGGACCCCCAGCCUCAGACCCCUGCCCACGGUCUGGCUAUCUUCCUCCUUUUGGGCCUGGCGAGACCCUGCUUGACUCCAGCGGGGUCGCUUAUUGAGCGGGGUCGUCCCUUCCUUGGCCCUGGCGCUCCCCGGUGAUCUCUCAGUGAGUGAAGCCGGGGAAUUGCCCAGGGUGUGGGUGUGGAAGCACCGUCCUCUUGACCCACGCCCCCGCCGGUCUCCGUAAAGCUCCUUGAGCGCCUCUGCUGCUGACUGCCCAGGGACCCGUUGGCCAUGGGUACUAGACAACACAUAACCGAGUUGCUCUGAGGACAGAUGCCUAAACCAUCUCAGCAUGGCCUAUAGAGGAGGGGGUGGGCAUGGCCAGCCUCCCUCAGCUGUGCGCUCCUGUGUUAGCCCUGGAAGUCUCUCAACAUGUAGGACCCGCACCCAUAACGUAUGCAUGGUGUCGGACUUUUUCUACCCUAACAUGGGAGGCGUGGAAAGCCACAUUUAUCAGCUCUCUCAGUGCCUGAUUGAAAGAGGGCACAAAGUGAUCAUUGUCACCCAUGCUUAUGGAAAUCGGAAAGGCAUCCGUUACCUCACUAAUGGCCUCAAAGUCUAUUACUUGCCUCUGAAAGUCAUGUACAACCAGUCUACAGCCACGACCCUCUUUCAUAGUCUGCCGUUGCUCAGGUGCAUAUUUGUUCGGGAGAAAGUCACGAUAAUCCAUUCACAUAGUUCUUUUUCUGCCAUGGCCCAUGAUGCCCUCUUCCACGCCAAGACAAUGGGGCUCCAGACAGUCUUCACGGACCAUUCCCUUUUCGGAUUUGCUGAUGUCAGCUCGGUGCUCACAAACAAGCUUCUAACUGUGUCUCUCUGUGACACAAACCACAUAAUUUGUGUCUCUUAUACUAGUAAGGAAAACACUGUGCUAAGAGCAGCACUGAAUCCUGAAAUAGUGUCCGUCAUUCCUAAUGCUGUAGAUCCUACUGACUUCACUCCAGAACCAUUUAGAAGGCAUGAUAGUAUAAUAACUAUUGUUGUUGUCAGCAGACUUGUUUACAGAAAAGGGACUGAUUUGCUUAGUGGUAUAAUACCUGAACUCUGUCAGAAAUAUCCAGAUUUAAAUUUCAUAAUUGGAGGAGAGGGACCUAAGAGAAUCAUUUUGGAAGAAGUACGAGAAAGGUACCAGCUCCAUGACAGAGUGCGUCUCUUGGGAGCCUUAGAACACAAGGAUGUUAGAAAUGUCUUAGUUCAAGGACAUAUUUUUCUGAAUACUUCCCUUACCGAAGCAUUCUGCAUGGCGAUUGUGGAAGCAGCCAGUUGUGGUUUACAGGUUGUAAGUACCAGGGUUGGUGGAAUUCCUGAAGUACUUCCAGAAAAUCUUAUCAUUCUGUGUGAGCCUUCCGUCAAGUCCUUGUGCGAAGGUUUGGAAAAAGCGAUUUCCCAGCUGAAGUCAGGAGCAUUGCCGGCUCCCGAAAAUAUCCAUAACGUAGUAAAGACUUUCUACACCUGGAGGAAUGUUGCGGAAAGAACUGAAAAAGUUUACGACCUCGUGGCAGGAGAAGCUGUGUUACCAAUGGACAAACGACUGGACAGACUCAUCUCUCACUGUGGCCCAGUAACAGGCUGCAUUUUUGCUUUGUUGGCUGUAUUCAACUUUCUGUUCCUCCUUUUCCUGAGAUGGAUGACUCCAGAUUCUAUCAUCGAUGUCGCAAUAGAUGCCACAGGGCCCAAGGGCGCCUGGACUCGUCAAUAUCCUUACAGUAAAAAAGGGGGCGAGAAUAAUGAGAUGUCUAAACCCAGGUAGAAGAAAGCCUGGAUUGUAAGGUUUUACACAUUUGUAAUAGUCCUAGUAAGACGAUUGAAAAUAACCUUGCUUUUUUUUUUUUUUAAAGUUAAUUUAGUAAGUUAUGCUACCUCUAUAUCAUUCAAUGUUUUAUUUUGAGGAAAGAUAAAAACUUAUGCAAUUCCUGAGUGUAGAAACUCCUUGCACUUAACUUACUUAAGAUUUAGGAGAGAACAUUGAAGCCACUCAGGUAUGAAAUUUUUCAGACUACUGAAAUCCCUCUAACAGAGAUGUUUUAAAAUUAUAUUUUGGGAGCUUUGGGUGCUGAAGGGCCAAAUGUUUUCUGGGCAUUUUUGGGCCAAUUUUAAAUGUUCUACCAUCAAUUAGACAUUCACCAGAUGUUUACAGGUUUUCUUUCGGGAAGUACAACAACGAUAUGAACUAUUUUUGAGUCCUGUUCGGACACAUUUUAGUCAUGGAAGUCAUGUUCUUAGACGUUUAUUUGGUACGCUCAGUGUUACAGAUCAUCAGCAGGUUUCUUGAGCAAGAUGGUCCGUCAGUUAUUGGCAUGUUUUUAGCAUCUCCUACUGUGUGUAGAACAACGAACUAGACACUUCGUGCUGUUGAGGACUAGGGGCGCAUUCAGAUGCUCUUUUGUUUAUCGCUCAGAUGGCUCACUUCAUUGUAGUCACAGUUGAUGGAAUGGUAAACUAUCUCACAUGCCAAAAAUGCUCAGGCUUUCAAUGCCAGGAACAGUGGUCGGCAGACUCCAGUUACUUCUUCGAUCUUGUCGUAUGCGUUCUCCUAGGUAGAGCCUUCGUCUUAAUUUGUGUGUAUGAAGAAGCUUCUUGCUUCUGGAAUGCUAGGGACCGAUACCACUGUUGAUGACAGUGCAGAGAAACCCUCCGCGCCUUCGCAGGCAUCACUGAGUCCUCUGUAAAUGCCUUCGUGUUUUCCGAGCAGAACGUACGAGCUGUGGCAUCGCCAACUCGGCUGCUCCCCUCCGCUACCUUUGAUAGAAGUCACUUCCCUUCACUUGUGGCCUAGCUGCUGUCUGAGAAGUCUUGUCAGUGUGCAGAAGUCUUCACCCCAGAAUGUGCUAUUUAUAGCUAAUUGAGUCUGAAAAUUGUAGGAACACAGUCUCUUUGUGGAUGUCUAUUGUUAACUGUAAUCGUUGUUGCCCAGAGCCAUGGGUUUUUAAACCCCAAAUUAUCCACAUGGUGUGUCUUACUAACUCCUUGAACUCCUUAGAGUAAGUUUUUGUGAUAAAGGACUGUGAAAUCCAAAGAAAGAGGUGCUUGUGGCACACUGGGAAGCUGCUGGCAGUAUUGGGGUUCUGUACAGGAUUAGUUUCCUUUUGUUUUUUAACGACAACGCUCAGAAAACUUCUUUUUUAAAAAGUAUCUUAACAUGCCUGUUGACCGGUUGCCACUGAUCUGUAAGAAAUAACGAUUUGUGUUUUGUGCCAAAACACAAAUGCGCGAGUGCGAUUCUUAAAACCUGGAAAUUAAGGGAUCUUUUGUUAAAGAAAAAUGGACUGACCCCAACCAUUAAAUCUUACUGGGAUUUUUAAUGAACAGAAACUGAUUUAUGUAAAUAUGAAAUAAACAGUGCCAAUAUGCACGCUAAAGCAAGAAACUGUAACCUGUGUUUUUAUUUAUUCGCUUCAGCAGUUUUAAGGGCAUACUACUGUUUGUUCUUACAUUUUUGUUUCUCAGCGUAUUUUCGAGAUGGCCAUUCAUUUCAGAUGGAAAUGGGAUUUCAACUUGCAUGUAAAAUAUGUAAUUUGCAAAUCAAAAUUAUGUCCUUUGUUUUUAACAAAGGGAAGUAAAUUUGCUUGUUCUAGUAAAUCUUAAUUUUCAGGCUUCCUGGAUACCUUAAUUGUAACUGUCAGUGUUGCACUGGUCAACAUGUGGAAACAUAUUGUUCAACCCCGCUACUUAACAUUUAUUUGAAAGUGAACUUGCAGUGAUGAGGAAUUUACGAAAAAUAUAUUGUAUUUCUUUUGAUAUUACAAAAACUAGCACAUAUGAAACUGGUUUAUGAAAACAUGCUACAUGUCCAAAAAUAAAGACCAAAAUGACAUUUUGACAA